GGGAGGAGGGGGAGGGCAGGUGCUGAUUUCAGCCCUGUAGCGUCAGGAUUGCGUCAAUUCGGGUUUCUGCCACGUCUGGAGUCUCAGAGACAAGCUUUUCAGAAGAGCCAAAACAGGAACAGGGCAGGGUGGCACAUCGCUGAGAGAAAGCGCAGACCUUCAUCCAGCCCCUCCCGCUGCAGGUGCGGUCCCCGUGUCUGCUCUUUCCCCGGGAAGCCUUGUUCCAGGGUCCUCCCAGGUGAAUCUGCCUGGAGUUCUUCAGCACCUCGGACAGAGCACGCAGAAAACAUGGCUCCUAUCACUACCAGCCGCGUGGAAUUCGAUGAAAUUCCCACAGUUGUGGGGAUCUUCAGUGCAUUUGGCCUCGUCUUCACUGUCUCUCUCUUUGCUUGGAUCUGCUGCCAGAGAAGGUCAUCUAAGUCCAACAAGACUCCUCCAUACAAGUUCGUGCAUGUGCUCAAAGGAGUUGACAUCUACCCAGAAAACCUAAGUAGCAAAAAGAAAUUUGGAGGAGAUGACAAAAAUGAAGCUAAGAAUAAACCAGCUGUGCCAAAAAUUUCACUACAUCUUGAUCUGGAGAAGCGAGAUCUCAAUGGCAAUUUCCCCAAAACCAACCUCAAAGCAGGCAGCCCUUCUGAUGUAGAGAACAUGGCCCCAAAGCUCUUUACAGAGAGAGAAAAGGAGGCUGCUUCCCCUGAGAGCUUGAAGUCUAGCACUUCCCUCACUUCAGAAGAGAAGCAAGAGAAGCUUGGGACACUCUUCUUGUCUCUAGAGUACAAUUUUGAGAAGAAAGCAUUUGUGGUCAACAUCAAGGAAGCCCAGGGCUUACCAGCCAUGGAUGAACAAUCCAUGACCUCUGACCCGUACAUCAAAAUGACGAUCUUACCAGAAAAGAAGCAUAAAGUGAAAACUAGAGUGCUGAGGAAGACACUGGACCCAGUCUUUGAUGAAACCUUCACAUUCUACGGGAUUCCUUAUCCCCACAUCCAAGAGUUGUCCUUGCACUUCACAGUUUUGAGUUUUGACAGGUUUUCGAGAGAUGAUAUCAUUGGAGAAGUCCUGAUCCCUCUUUCAGGGAUUGAAUUAUCAGAUGGAAAAAUGUUAAUGAAUAGAGAGAUCAUCAAGAGAAACGCUAAGAAGUCUUCCGGACGGGGCGAGCUUCUGGUCUCCCUAUGCUAUCAGUCCACUACAAACACGCUCACUGUGGUUGUCUUAAAAGCACGACACCUGCCGAAGUCUGAUGUGUCUGGACUUUCAGAUCCCUACGUCAAGGUGAACCUGUACCAUGCCAAGAAAAGGAUCUCUAAAAAGAAGACUCACGUUAAGAAAUGCACUCCCAAUGCAGUGUUCAAUGAACUGUUUGUCUUUGAUAUUCCUUGUGAGAGUCUGGAAGAAAUAAGUGUUGAAUUUUUAGUUUUGGAUUCUGAAAGGGGAUCCAGAAAUGAGGUCAUUGGGCGGUUGGUCCUGGGUGCAUCAGCGGAAGGAAGCGGUGGGGGGCACUGGAAGGAGAUCUGUGACUUUCCCAGGAGACAAAUUGCUAAGUGGCACAUGCUCUGUGAUGGGUAGUUUCCUAGCCAUGAUUUUUACUAGGUGAGAAGCAAUUUUCUUUCUUAUACCUGAUUAUAAGCUUGUGGCUCAGCAAGCUACUUUUAUUUAUU